UGUCUUCCGGUUCAUAACCUGUUGAGUGUUGACAUUUAUUGAUUAGGUUAGAAUUCGUCCUACAACAAUAUGUAUCACUUGAUUUUUUCGAUAUUAAUAAUAUUUGGGACUUUGAAAGAUACCUUCGGAGAUUUGGAAGGAGUCAAAGAUGAUGAAUUAAUAGAACUCAUUAGAAAUGAAAAAUAUCUGAUUGUUCUGUUCACUCAAAAGAACUGUGAAGAGUGUAUUAACUUGGAAAAUGAGUUGAUUGGUCUCAGGGAAGUUUUGGUCGAAGAAUUAGAUGCCUGGGUUGUUAAAGUUGAAAACAGUCAAAUGACACGUCUGUAUUCCCCUCCAGGGAAAGAACCAAUUUUGGUAUUUUUCCGUCAUGGAAUUCCUCUACUCUAUUAUGGAAGCCCUAAUGAAGAGGAAAUUCUUCACACAUUUACAUACAAUAAAGAACCAAUUUCCAAAGAAUUAACAGAUGAAACUUUUGAACAUCUAACACAGGCUGCCACUGGUGCCACCACAGGAGAUUGGUUUGUCAUGUUCUACACUUCAGAUUGUAUUGACUGCCAGAGAUUACAAGCAAUAUGGGAAGCAGUAGGUGCCAAAGUGAAAGAGUCUCGUGUAAAUAUUGCCAGGGUAAAUAGAGCAACUACUGGUGCAGCUACAGCUAGAAGGUUCAAUAUUUAUGAUGUACCUACUUUCAUAUUGUUUCGUCGGGGUAAUAUGUACAGAUAUCGAUUCCAAAAAUAUGAUUUUGACUCAUUAGCAUUGUUUGCAAAAGACUCAUUCAGAAACAUGAAAGCUGAGAAAAUUCCUUUACCAAAAACACCUUUUGAUGAUUUAGUGGCUCUCAUAGCAGUUUACAUGAAGGAUUAUCCGUGGUUAUGGCCAGUAGGUGUUGGAAUAUUGUGCAUUAUCAUUUUAGAUAUUUUGAGAAGAAUUAUAAUGAGUAAUAGAUGAUAACCUUUGAACUGAAUAGAUUGUUAAAUAAAUAUAUAAUAUAGUAUCCAGAUAA